AUGGGUAUAUUAAAUCAUUGUCAUGGUCCUGUGGUAUUGGCCAUUGUGAUUAGUAACGAUCUCAAAUAUACUGAUGAAGGCAUUAAAAGUGAAGCACUGACUGUAGCAGACGAAAUUCGAAAGCUUGUACGAGAUGUACCAAUUUGUAUUGUUGCUCAAUCGGAUAAUCGAAAUAAGGAAAAUAAAGUGUUAAUAUUCCACGGAUCUGAUGUAAACGCGUCGACCCUUGUCGUAGAUAAAAAUAACAGCGAAACGUUGAGAACAAAGUUUGAGAACUGGAAGCGGAAGGAAUUGCGCUAUCUUAGCAGUCAUCAACUAAUAGCCUUCCAUUUUACUGUGGUCAAUGGCACUGAACCGGAGGAUAGUGAAGAGAUAUUCAGUAACACAUUCCCAGACAUUCCGCUAAGUACGUUACGUUUACUUGAUGAAUCAUCGAUGACUGGAGUUGACCAUGGAAAUCGUUUCCAUCCUGGUUCUAUGUAUGCAAUUGUUGGUUUUCGAAAAUUUGGUGGAGAAGUUCUACCGGGGAAAAUGUUUGAGAUAUAA